UGGUCAAGAGGAUCAAAGAGAUGGAUCUGUCAGUGGAGGUGUUAUUCAGCAUUAUGCAGGAAAGGCAAAAGCGAUACGCCAAGUACGCCGAGCAGAUCCAGAAGGUCAAUGAAAUGUCAAUGAUUCUGAGACGCAUUCAGAUGGGCAUUGACCAGACGAUACCACUGAUGGAGCGUCUCAACAACCUUCUGCCCGAGAGCGAGCGCCUGGAGCCCUUCAGCAUGAAACCUGAUGGAGAAAUCAAAUAGAGUCUGGCAACAUCUGGAAAAUAGAAUUCAUAGUGGGUUCACUGAUUGACUUUUUUCUUUCUAGAGACCUACCUCAGGUCAUGUCUGGUUGUUACCUA